AUGACCUACCUAAAGCCUGCAUUUUUGAGGCCUAAACUGGGGAAGCAAUAUGAAGCCUCUUGUGUGUCCUUUGAACGUGUGCUGGUAGAAAACAAGCUGCAUGGUCUCUCUCCGGCCCUCUCUGAAGCCAUCCAGAGCAUUUCCAGAUGGGAGCUGGUGCAAGCCGCCUUGCCUCACGUCCUCCACUGCACAGCCACCCUGCUUUCAAACAGGAACAAGCUAGGCCAUCAGGAUAAAUUGGGUGUUGCUGAGACAAAGCUCCUGCACACCCUUCACUGGAUGCUCCUGGAGGCCCCCCAGGAUUGUACCAGUGAACGAUUUGGGGGCACAGACCGUGGCUCCAGCUGGGGUGGCAGCAGCAGUGCCUUCAUCCACCAAGUUGAAAACCAGGGUUCUCCAGGGCAGCCUGGCCAAAGCAGUUCCAAUGAUGAAGAGGAGAACAACCGAAGGAAGAUCUUCCAGAACUCCAUGGCUACUGUGGAGCUCUUUGUGUUUCUGUUUGCUCCUCUGGUACACAGGAUCAAGGAAUCGGACCUCACCUUCCGACUUGCCAGUGGGCUUGUUAUAUGGCAGCCGAUGUGGGAGCACAGGCAGCCUGAAGUCUCUGGUUUCACAGCUCUGGUGAAGCCCAUCAGGAACAUCAUUACAGCCAAGAGAAGUUCUCCUAUCAACAGUCAAAGUCAGACUUGUGAAUCACCAAAUCAAGACACAAGACAUCGAGAGGGACUCCAGGUGGUCUGUGAAACAUUCCAGUCUGAUUCCAUCUCACCCAAGGCCACCAUUUCUGGCUGCCACCGAGGAAACUCCUUUGAUGGAAGCCUAUCCUCCCAAACAUCCCAGGAACGAGGCCCAUCACAUUCCAGGGCCUCUCUGGUGAUACCUCCAUGCCAAAGGUCCCGCUAUGCCACCUACUUUGAUGUUGCUGUUCUCCGCUGCCUACUUCAGCCGCAUUGGUCAGAAGAAGGCACUCAGUGGUCUCUGAUGUAUUAUCUACAAAGGCUGCGACACAUGCUGGAAGAGAAACCAGAAAAACCCCCAGAACCAGAUAUUCCUCUCCUACCCAGACCCAGGAGUAGCUCAAUGGUGGCAGCAGCUCCCUCACUAGUGAACACACACAAAACCCAAGACCUCACCAUGAAGUGUAAUGAAGAGGAAAAAUCUCUUAGCCCGGAGGCCUUUUCCAAGGUUUCAUUGACCAAUCUGCGCAGGUCUGCGGUUCCAGAUCUUUCUUCAGACCUGGGCAUGAACAUUUUUAAGAAGUUCAAGAGCCGCAAAGAAGACCGAGAGAGGAAAGGCUCCAUCCCAUUCCACCACACUGGGAAGAGGAGACCACGAAGAAUGGGGGUGCCAUUUCUGCUUCACGAGGACCACCUGGAUGUGUCUCCCACCCGCAGCACAUUCUCCUUUGGAAGUUUUUCUGGGCUUGGAGAAGACAAGCGAGGCAUCGAAAAGGGAGGCUGGCAGACCACCAUUUUAGGGAAAUUGACCAGGCGGGGCAGUUCGGAUGCAGCCACAGAAAUGGAAAGCCUGAGUGCCAGACACUCUCACUCUCAUCACACCCUGGUGAGUGACCUGCCAGACCACUCCAACAGCCAUGGGGAAAACACGGUCAAGGAAGUGCGAUCCCAGAUCUCCACAAUCACAGUUGCAACCUUCAAUACCACACUGGCUUCAUUCAACGUGGGCUAUGCCGACUUUUUUAGUGAGCACAUGAGGAAGCUCUGCAACCAGGUGCCUAUUCCAGAAAUGCCACAUGAACCGCUGGCAUGUGCUAACCUGCCUCGCAGCCUCACAGACUCCUGUAUAAACUACAGCUACUUGGAAGACACAGAACAUAUCGAUGGAACCAAUAACUUUGUCCACAAGAAUGGAAUGCUCGAUCUUUCUGUGGUUCUGAAAGCUGUUUAUCUUGUCCUUAAUCAUGACAUCAGCUCUCGCAUCUGCGAUGUGGCACUAAACAUUGUGGAAUGCUUGCUUCAACUUGGUGUGGUGCCCUGUGUAGAAAAGAACAGAAAGAAGAGUGAAAACAAGGAAAAUGAAACCAUGGAGAAGAGACCAAGUGAGGGAACUUUUCAGUUCAAAGGAGUAUCUGGAAGUUCCACCUGUGGAUUUGGGGGCCCUUCAGUUAGUGGAGCUGGAGAUGGUGGAGGAGAAGAAGGAGGUGGAGGUGAUGGAGGAGGUGGAGGAGGUGAUGGAGGAGGAGGUGGAGGUGGCCCUUAUGAGAAGAAUAAGAACCAAGAGAAGGAUGAAAGUAUACCAGUAAGCAACCAUAGGCUUGCUCUAACCAUGCUCAUCAAAAUAGUGAAGUCUUUGGGAUGUGCCUAUGGUUGCGGAGAAGGACACCGAGGGCUCUCUGGAGAUCGUCUGAGACACCAGGUAUUCCGAGAGAAUGCCCAGAACUGCCUCACUAAACUAUACAAGCUAGAUAAGAUGCAGUUCCGACAAACCAUGAGGGACUAUGUGAACAAAGACUCUCUCAAUAAUGUAGUGGACUUCUUGCAUGCUUUGCUAGGAUUUUGUAUGGAGCCGGUCACAGACAACAAGGCUGGGUUUGGAAAUAACUUCACCACGGUGGACAACAAAUCCACAGCCCAAAAUGUGGAAGGUAUUAUCGUCAGUGCCAUGUUUAAGUCCCUCAUCACACGCUGCGCUUCAACUACGCACGAACUGCACAGCCCUGAGAAUCUGGGACUGUAUUGUGACAUCCGUCAGUUGGUCCAGUUUAUCAAAGAGGCUCAUGGGAAUGUCUUCAGGAGAGUGGCCCUCAGUGCUUUGCUUGACAGUGCCGAGAAGUUAGCACCAGGGAAAAAGGUGGAAGAGAAUGAACAGGAACCUAAGCCUGCAGGCGGCAAAAGGUCAGAGGCAGGAAGCAUUGUGGAUAAAGGUCAGGUGUCCUCUGCACCUGAAGAAUGUCGCAGCUUUAUGUCUGGUCGACCCUCACAGACUCCAGAGCAUGAUGAACAAAUGCAAGGGGGCAACCUGGGGCGGAAAGAUUUCUGGCGCAAGAUGUUCAAAUCCCAGAGUGCAGCAAGUGACACCAGCAGCCAGUCUGAGCAGGACACUUCAGAAUGCACCACUGCUCACUCAGGGACCACCUCUGAUCGGCGUGCCCGCUCUCGGUCUCGCAGAAUUUCCCUCCGAAAGAAGCUUAAACUCCCCAUAGGAAACUGGCUGAAACGAUCCUCCCUCUCGGGACUGGCAGAUGGUGUAGAGGACCUAAUGGACAUCAGCUCUGUGGACCGUUUGUCUUUCAUCAGGCAAAGCUCCAAGGUCAAAUUCACCAGUGCUGUGAAGCUGUCAGAAGGUGGACCAGGGAGUGGAAUGGAAAAUGGAAGAGAUGAAGAGGAGAAUUUCUUCAAGCGGCUUGGUUGCCACAGUUUUGAUGAUCAUCUCUCCCCCAAUCAAGAUGGAGGAAAAAGCAAAAAUGUAGUGAAUCUUGGAGCAAUCCGACAAGGAAUGAGACGCUUCCAAUUUCUGUUAAACUGCUGUGAGCCAGGGACGAUUCCUGAUGCAUCCAUCCUGGCCGCUGCCUUAGAUCUCGAAGCCCCUGUGGUGGCCAGAGCUGCCCUGUUUCUGGAGUGUGCCCGUUUUGUUCACCGUUGUAAUCGUGGCAACUGGCCCGAGUGGAUGAAAGGGCACCACGUGAACAUCACCAAGAAAGGCCUUUCCCGGGGUCGGUCUCCUAUCGUGGGCAACAAGCGGAACCAGAAACUGCAAUGGAAUGCUGCCAAGCUCUUCUACCAAUGGGGAGACGCAAUCGGCGUCCGAUUGAAUGAGCUAUGCCAUGGGGAAAGUGAGAGUCCAGCCAACCUACUGGGUCUCAUUUAUGACGAAGAGACCAAGAGAAGACUGAGAAAGGAGGAUGAGGAGGAAGACUUUUUAGAUGACAGUACUGUGAACCCUUCCAAGUGUGGCUGCCCCUUUGCCUUGAAGAUGGCAGCAUGCCAGCUGCUCCUGGAGAUUACCACCUUCCUGCGAGAGACCUUCUCUUGCCUGCCCAGACCUCGCUGGUGUUUUAUGGGAAUGACCAAGCAGUAUGAAAUUAAAGCAAAUAAUUUUGAUCAAAUGCAAAUAGGCCACCCACAUCCAUUCACUCCUGACCCCUUCCAACUUCAAAGCCAGAAACGGCAUCUCUCCCAUCCUUCCUCCUUUGAACAUAGCCAGGAAAGGUUCUCCACAUUCAAGCCUUCAUAUUUACACAAGAUCAAUGCAUUGACAUUUCAGGACUUGGAGAGCUGCCGACUUCGUCUGGAUCCCGAGUUAGAUCGCCACAGAUAUGAAAGAAAGAUCAGCUUUGCUGGGGUCCUGGAUGAAAAUGAAGAUUCAAAAGAUUCUCUCCACAGCAGCAGCCAUACCCUCAAAUCAGAUGCAGGGGUGGAGGAGAAGAAAGUUCCCAGCAGGAAGAUCAGGAUAGGAGGUUCUCGUCUGCUCCAGAUUAAAGGAACCCGCAGUUUCCAGGUGAAGAAGGGGGGUUCCUUGUCCAGCAUUCGCCGGGUCGGCAGCUUAAAGAGCAGCAAGUUAUCACGGCAGGACUCAGAGUCUGAGGCUGAGGAGCUGCAGCUGUCCCAGAGCAGGGACACUGUCACUGAUCUAGAAGGGAGCCCUUGGAGUGCAAGUGAGCCCAGUAUUGAGCCAGAGGGAAUGAGCACAGCCGGCACAGAGGAAAACUACCACAGGAACAUGUCAUGGCUUCAUGUCAUGAUCUUGCUGUGCAAUCAGCAGAGUUUCAUCUGCACUCAUGUUGACUACUGCCACCCUCACUGCUACCUGCACCACAGCCGGUCCUGUGCUCGCCUGGUCAGGGCCAUCAAGCUCCUCUAUGGAGACAGCAUGGACUCCCUCCGAGAGAGCAACAACACCAGCAAUGUGGCUCUCCGAGGCAAGAAACAGAAAGAGUGUUCGGAUAAGUCAUGCCUCAGGACGCCUUCCCUGAAGAAGAGAGUUUCAGAUGCCAACCUGGAAGGGAAGAAGGAUUCUGGAAUGCUGAAGUACAUCAGACUUCAGGUGAUGAGCUUGUCGCCUGCUCCCUUGUCUCUGUUAAUCAAGGCGGCACCAAUUCUGACAGAGGAGAUGUACGGAGACCUCCAGCCAGCUGCCUGGGAGCUCCUGCUCAGUAUGGAUGAGCACAUGGCAGGAGCGGCAGCUGCCAUGUUCCUGCUGUGUGCGGUGAAGGUCCCUGAGGCCGUGUCUGACAUGCUGAUGUCAGAGUUUCAUCACCCAGAGACCGUGCAGCGGCUGAACGCUGUCCUCAAGUUCCACACACUCUGGAGGUUUCGAUAUCAGGUCUGGCCCCGGAUGGAGGAGGGAGCACAGCAGAUCUUUAAGAUCCCACCUCCCAGUAUAAACUUCACUCUGCCCUCGCCAGUGCUUGGAAUGCCAUCGGUCCCAAUGUUUGACCCGCCAUGGGUCCCUCAGUGCAGUGGGAGUGUCCAAGAUCCCAUUAAUGAAGACCAGUCUAAAUCCUUUUCAGCAAGAGCUGUGUCCCGCUCCCAUCAAAGGGCAGAGCACAUCCUAAAGAACUUGCAGCAGGAGGAAGAGAAGAAACGUCUCGGGCGAGAGGCCAGCCUCAUCACUGCCAUCCCCAUCACCCAGGAGGCUUGCUACGAGCCCACCUGCACACCCAACUCAGAGCCAGAAGAAGAAGAAGAAGUCACCAAUCUGGCAUCCAGGCGACUGUCUGUAAGUCCGUCCUGUACCUCCAGCACUUCCCACAGAAAUUACUCGUUCCGCCGUGGGUCGGUCUGGUCAGUGCGUUCUGCCGUCAGUGCCGAAGAUGAGGAACACACCACCGAGCACACGCCAAACCACCAUGUGCCUCAGCCCCCACAAGCAGUGUUCCCAGCAUGCAUCUGUGCAGCAGUACUUCCCAUUGUUCAUCUAAUGGAGGAUGGUGAGGUGCGGGAAGAUGGAGUAGCAGUGAGUGCUGUGGCCCAACAAGUCUUGUGGAAUUGUCUAAUUGAAGAUCCAUCAACAGUUCUUCGACAUUUUCUGGAAAAACUGACCAUCAGCAACAGACAAGAUGAGUUAAUGUACAUGCUGCGUAAACUUCUCUUGAAUAUUGGAGACUUUCCUGCUCAGACAUCUCACAUCUUAUUCAACUACUUGGUGGGAUUAAUCAUGUACUUUGUGCGGACGCCCUGCGAAUGGGGGAUGGACGCCAUUUCAGCCACGCUGACAUUCCUGUGGGAGGUGGUGGGUUAUGUGGAAGGCCUCUUCUUCAAGGAUCUCAAGCAGACUAUGAAGAAAGAGCAGUGUGAGGUAAAGCUCCUGGUGACAGCUUCAAUGCCAGGUACCAAAACCUUGGUAGUUCAUGGACAGAAUGAAUGUGACAUCCCAACCCAGUUACCAGUCCAUGAAGACACUCAAUUUGAAGCCCUGUUGAAGGAGUGUCUGGAGUUUUUUAAUAUCCCAGAAUCUCAGUCAACACAUUACUUUCUCAUGGAUAAACGAUGGAACCUUAUCCACUACAAUAAGACCUAUGUUCGAGAUAUCUAUCCUUUCCGGAGGUCAGUGUCUCCACAGCUGAACCUUGUACACAUGCACCCAGAGAAGGGACAGGAGCUCAUUCAGAAACAGGUGUUCACUCGGAAGCUAGAGGAAGUAGGACGGGUGCUGUUUCUCAUUUCCUUAACCCAGAAGAUCCCCACAGCCCACAAACAGUCCCAUGUCUCCAUGCUUCAGGAAGACCUCCUCCGACUGCCCUCAUUCCCUCGAAGUGCUAUUGAUGCCGAGUUUUCACUUUUCAGUGAUCCUCAAGCUGGGAAGGAACUGUUUGGCCUUGACACACUUCAGAAAAGCUUGUGGAUCCAGCUCCUGGAGGAGAUGUUCCUAGGCAUGCCAAGCGAAUUUCCCUGGGGAGAUGAAAUCAUGCUUUUUCUCAAUGUUUUUAACGGAGCUCUGAUCCUGCACCCAGAAGACAGUGCCUUGCUUAGGCAGUAUGCUGCCACAGUUAUCAACACUGCUGUGCACUUCAAUCACCUCUUCUCUCUCAGUGGCUACCAGUGGAUUCUUCCCACCAUGUUGCAGGUGUACUCUGACUACGAAAGCAACCCCCAGUUGCGUCAAGCCAUUGAAUUUGCCUGUCACCAGUUCUACAUUCUACACCGGAAGCCGUUUGUGCUCCAGCUGUUUGCAAGUGUGGCUCCUCUCCUGGAAUUUCCUGAUGCUUCCAAUAAUGGGCCAAACAAAGGUGUGUCAGCUCAGUGCCUGUUUGACUUGCUGCAGUCCCUGGAGGGAGAGACCACUGACAUAUUAGACAUCUUAGAGCUGGUCAAAGCUGAGAAGCCUCUUAAGUCAUUAGAUUUCUGCUACGGAAAUGAAGAUCUGACAUUCUCUAUCAGUGAAGCCAUUAAACUUUGUGUUACUGUGGUGGCAUAUGCUCCUGAAUCAUUCAGAAGUCUUCAGAUGCUGAUGGUCUUGGAAGCAUUAGUUCCAUGUUACCUACAGAAGCUAAAGAGGCAGACAUCACAGGUGGAGACAGUACCUGCCGCCCGAGAGGAGAUUGCUGCCACAGCUGCUCUUGCCACAUCUCUCCAGGCCCUUUUGUACAGUGUGGAGGUCCUCACCAGGCCCAUGACAGCCCCACAGAUGAGCAGGUGUGACCAAGGCCAUAAGGGAACCACCACAGCUAAUCACACCAUGUCGUCUGGGGUGAACACCAGGUACCAGGAACAAGGAGCCAAACUGCACUUUAUCAGGGAAAACCUUCACCUACUGGAGGAAGGGCAAGGUCUUCCUAGAGAAGAACUGGAUGAACGAAUUGCUCGGGAAGAGUUCAGAAGACCCCGAGAAUCCCUGCUGAAUAUUUGCACAGAAUUCUAUAAGCAUUGUGGGCCAAGAUUGAAGAUCUUGCAAAAUCUGGCUGGAGAGCCACGAGUCACUGCCCUGGAACUGCUGGAUGUGAAGUCCCACAUGAGAUUGGCAGAAAUUGCACACUCCCUUCUGAAACUGGCACCGUAUGACACCCAGACCAUGGAGAGCCGUGGGCUGCGGCGCUACAUCAUGGAGAUGCUGCCCAUUACCGACUGGACAGCUGAGGCAGUGAGGCCAGCUCUCAUCCUCAUCUUAAAGAGAUUGGAUAGAAUGUUCAACAAGAUCCAUAAGAUGCCUACUUUGAGGCGACAGGUUGAGUGGGAGCCUGCCAGCAAUUUGAUUGAAGGGGUUUGUUUGACACUUCAGAGGCAGCCAAUCAUAUCCUUCCUGCCUCACCUUAGGUCACUGAUCAAUGUCUGUGUCAAUCUGGUGAUGGGAGUGGUAGGACCUUCCAGUGUUGCUGAUGGAUUACCCCUUCUUCAUCUCAGCCCUUAUCUCUCACCACCUCUGCCCUUCAGCACAGCUGUUGUCCGGCUUGUAGCAUUGCAGAUACAGGCAUUAAAAGAAGAUUUUCCUUUAAGUCAUGUGAUCUCCCCAUUCACCAAUCAAGAGCGAAGGGAGGGGAUGCUUUUAAAUCUACUCAUCCCAUUUGUGCUCACAGUAGGAUCUGGAAGCAAAGAUAGCCCGUGGCUGGAGCAGCCUGAGGUACAGCUGCUCCUGCAGACGGUCAUUAAUGUGCUUCUGCCACCGCGGAUCAUAAGCACAUCCAGGAGCAAGAACUUCAUGUUGGAGAGCUCCCCUGCCCACUGCUCCACCCCUGGAGAUGCAGGGAAAGACUUGCGCAGGGAAGGGCUGGCGGAGUCUACCAGCCAAGCAGCAUACUUGGCACUGAAGGUGAUCCUCGUCUGCUUUGAGAGGCAACUGGGAAGCCAGUGGUACUGGCUGAGCCUCCAGGUGAAGGAGAUGGCUCUGCGGAAGGUGGGAGGCCUGGCCCUGUGGGACUUCCUCGACUUCAUCGUACGGACCCGAAUACCCAUCUUCGUGCUCUUGCGCCCCUUCAUCCAGUGCAAGCUUUUGGCCCAGCCAGCAGAGAACCAUGAAGAGCUUUCUGCCAGGCAACACAUUGCUGACCAGCUGGAGCGGCGCUUCAUUCCACGCCCUUUGUGUAAGAGCUCACUCAUUGCUGAGUUCAACAGUGAACUAAAAAUUCUAAAAGAGGCAGUUCACAGUGGAUCAGCCUACCAAGGGAAGACAUCUAUCAGUACUGUGGGCACCUCCACUUCUGCUUACCGCCUGAGCCUGGCCACCAUGUCCCGCUCUAACACGGGCACGGGUACUGUCUGGGAGCAGGACAGUGAGCCCUCCCAACAGGCUUCGCAGGACACCCUGAGUCGGACCGAUGAGGAGGAUGAGGAAAAUGACUCUGUAAGCAUGCCCAGUGUGGUAAGUGAACAAGAAGCUUACCUCCUGAGCACCAUUGGAAGGAGGCGAUUCUCCAGCCACGUCUCUAGCAUGUCUGCACCUCAGGCUGAGGUGGGCAUGCUACCAAGCCAGAGUGAACCUAAUGUCCUCGAUGACUCCCAGGGCCUGGCCGCUGAGGGCAGCCUCUCUAGGGUGGCAAGUGUACAGAGUGAACCUGGCCAACAGAACCUCCUCAUUCAGCAGCCGCUGGGGAGGAAGAGGGGCUUGAGGCAGCUAAGACGUCCUCUACUGUCACGUCAGAAGACUCAGACUGAACCCAGAAACCGCCAUGGGGCUCGGCUGUCAACCACUCGCAGGAGCAUUCAACCUAAAACAAAGCCAUCUGUGGAUCAGAAACGAUCUGUGACCUUCAUUGAGGCGCAACCAGAGCCUGCAACUGCCCCAAUAGACACACUUACUGCCACAGGGCAACCACAGGGCUGCAGCCCAGCCCCAUCUAGAAAACCAGAAGGAAUGGAUGAACCAGUCCUCACUUCUUCCCCUGCAAUUGUCGCAGAUCUCCAUAGCCUGUCCCCCAAACAGAGUGAGACUCUCCCAGAUGGAGAAGGAGAAAAGAAGGAAGACAUAGAAGCACAAGGUGCUGCAGCACACAGCCCCCUCUCUACUCAACUCUCAGACCCGGAAGACUUCACAGGCCUUGAGACAUCUAGCCUCCUACAGCAUGGAGACACUGUCCUUCACAUUAGUGAGGAAAAUGGCAUGGAAAACCCCCUACUGUCCAGCCAGUUUCCUUUUACUCCCACUGAUCUGGGGGAAACGGAUGCAGUCCUAGAUGAGUCUCAUGUUUAAUUCUGUAAUUGGCAGGUCCAUUGCAGGUGCAGAGAAGACAUGAGAAGGAUCACUUUUCUGAAAGUCAAAUACUUUUGCUUGAAAGAAAAAAUAUUCAUUAUAAAACAGCACUUUACGUCCAAUGGGUGGCACAAAUCUGCAUAGAUUUUUGCUGCGAAUACACAUAAUGUUUUGUGAACAUCUUCAAAAUCAAUGGCUAAAGGAUCUAGUUGUGUGAAGACUAUAAAAAUUAGGGAGGAAUAAGGGGAAAGAGCCAUUUCACUGCACAUUGUUUAUGAUUCAUACUAUUACAGUGCUGCUUUUAUAGGAAUAUUAAGAAAUAAUGUUCUAAAAAGAGAAUGCAAUUUUUUGAGGUUACUCAUACAUCUCCUGCAGAUAUUUAUUUUUAUAGUUUUAAAAAUAUUGAUUAAGUGGCUAUACAAAUAGCAAUUUACAUAAGAAUAAUCAAUAAGGAAAGUAUUAGUUUGGAGACAUUAAAUAACAAGUCUGCAGCCAUUUUUUGUUUUGAUCAAUAAUACAGCUAUUUAGAAGAAAAAUACUAUUUUUAGAG